GGUUAGAAAAUGAAAAAAACAGGGAAGAGACUCCCAUAAAAUUCCUCGUCGCACAAAUGUCAUCUAAAUUAGCGUUCAUCUACUGCAAACUCCACUCAUUAAGGUAACCGUCCAUGGUGCUCUUCAACGUUUCGCGCGUAGACACUACUCCCUUCGAUGGCCAGAAGCCUGGAACCUCUGGUCUCCGCAAGAAGGUGAAAGUAUUUGUUCAACCUCAUUACCUCCAUAACUUUGUUCAGGCAACGUUCAAUGCAUUAACCGAGGAAAAAGUCAGAGGUGCAACACUAGUUGUAUCUGGUGAUGGUCGUUAUUUUUCAAAGGAUGCCAUUCAGAUUAUAACUAAAAUGUCAGCAGCAAAUGGUGUAAGACGUGUUUGGGUUGGUCAAAAUGGAUUGCUUUCAACUCCUGCUGUGUCUGCUGUCAUACGUGAAAGAGUUGGAGCUGAUGGAUCCAAGGCAACAGGUGCAUUUAUACUGACAGCAAGUCACAAUCCCGGUGGUCCUGAUGAGGAUUUUGGUAUUAAAUAUAAUAUGGAAAACGGUGGACCUGCACCAGAGGGAAUUACUAACAAGAUAUAUGAAUUCACUACAACAAUUAAGGAGUACCUGAUUGCUGCAGAUCUUCCAGAUGUGGAUAUCACCACAACAGGUGUUACAAACUUUACAGGCCCUGAAGGACCAUUUGACGUUGAGGUUUUUGAUUCAGCGAGUGAUUAUAUAAAAUUGAUGAAGUCAAUUUUUGAUUUUGAAUCUAUCAAGAAACUGCUGUCCUCUCCUAAGUUCACUUUCUGUUAUGAUGCACUUCAUGGGGUUGCUGGAGCAUAUGCAAAGAGUAUUUUUGUGGAUGAACUUGGAGCACAAGAAAGCUCUUUACUGAACUGUACACCUAAGGAAGACUUUGGAGGAGGACACCCAGACCCCAAUUUGACUUAUGCGAAAGAGUUGGUUGCUCGAUUGGGAUUGGGCAAAUCAGAACCACAAGAUGAGCCCCCAGAGUUUGGUGCUGCUGCUGAUGGUGAUGCAGAUCGCAACAUGAUACUUGGUAAAAGGUUUUUUGUCACUCCUUCAGAUUCCGUGGCCAUUAUUGCUGCAAAUGCUGUUGAUGCUAUACCAUACUUCUCUACUGGUUUAAAGGGUGUUGCCAGGAGCAUGCCAACCUCUGCUGCCCUGGAUGUUGUAGCCAAACAUCUGAAUUUGAAAUUUUUUGAGGUCCCCACAGGUUGGAAGUUCUUUGGUAAUUUAAUGGAUGCUGGAUUAUGUUCAGUCUGUGGUGAAGAAAGUUUUGGGACUGGUUCUGACCAUAUUCGUGAGAAAGAUGGAAUCUGGGCAGUUCUGGCCUGGCUAUCUAUACUUGCAUAUAAAAAUAAAGAUAAACUUGAAGACAAGCUUGUCACUGUUGAAGACAUAGUUCGCCAACAUUGGGCUACUUAUGGGCGCCAUUAUUAUACUCGAUAUGACUACGAAAACGUGGAUGCAGGUGCAGCUAAGGAAUUGAUGGCUUAUCUGGUCAAGCUGCAGUCCUCACUUUCAGAAGUCAACGAGAUUAUUAACGGGGUAAGGUCAGAUGUUUCGAAGGUUUCCCACGCUGAUGAAUUUGAGUACAAAGAUCCUGUGGAUGGUUCCAUCUCAUCACAUCAGGGAAUUCGAUAUUUAUUUGAGGAUGGAUCGCGAUUGAUUUUCCGUCUCUCUGGAACUGGAUCAGAAGGUGCAACUAUUCGACUAUACAUUGAGCAAUAUGAAAAGGAUCCAUCAAAAAUAGGGAGACUUUCAAAUGAGGCGCUUGCUCCUCUUGUGGAAGUUGCAUUGAAACUUUCAAAAAUGGAGGAAUUCACUGGUCGAUCUGCACCAACUGUGAUUACAUGAACGCAUACAAGUGGAGCGUGGUUAGAUCUGAGAAUGUCAUUUUGUUGUCCAGUUUCUAUCCGGUGUUACGGAUAGCCGACCUGUACCUUUGGUUGUUUGCAGCUUUUGCUGUGGGCACUUGAGUGGAGUUUGAAUUACUUUAUCUAAAUUUUGAUGUGCUGAAUAAUUUGCAACUGCUGAGUGCUAUAAUUAUAGUCUUUUAAUAUAAUUGUUCCUCUAGGGGGCACUCCCUUCUUCUUUA